CAUAUAGUGGUUCCUUUAAUCUGUACGUCUCUGUCUUUAUCGCGACCUGCUUAUUUGCUUUAGAUUCCCAGAUUAAGCAGGGCAGAUCUUCACUACAGAAAAUCGUUGAUAGUAAUUUUUGCGACUUAUUUCGGGCAAAAUUAAGCUAUUGUUUGACUGUUUUGAUUCGAAAUUGAGUGCCUCUACAUGUCUUCAGUGAACAUCACUCGGACUGAGCUUCUAGUCGACGUUGAAUUGGUUUCUGUCGAAGCAACUUCGACUGCACUUGUAGAAAACAACUCGACCGAGGAACAGCCGUUACAUCAUAAUAGUCGUAGUCAUUCUAACGGCGCGGUCGUGAAAAGUUAUCAAUCUACUGCACCAACAGCUAAAACCAGAACCACAUCCUCUACUUCAGAUGAUUCAGCGCUCUUGCCUGACGUUGGAUACAGCACCCUACCAAAUUCUACAAGAGGUGUGCAGGAGUACCAGCCUUUACUGAACAGUAGAAUGGAGAUUGAUUUGACAUUUAACUAUUUUCCUGAUGAUCCUCAAUUUAGUGAUAUUGUUAGAGCUGCUGAGCUUGCAAUCGAACAUGGAAUCUAUCCUGAGCGGAUAUAUCAAGGUUCAUCUGGAAGUUACUUUGUAAAGGAUGCUGAAGAAAAAGUAAACGGCGUCUUCAAGCCAAAAGAUGAAGAACCCUACGGCCGUUUGAAUCCAAAGUGGACUAAAUGGCUUCACAGUUUAUGUUGUCCCUGUUUAUUUGGGCGAUCAUGUUUGGUACCCAAUCAGGGCUAUCUGUCAGAAGCAGGUGCCUCUAUCGUUGACCAAAAGCUUGGACUCAACGUCGUGCCAAGGACCAAAGUCGUCAUGCUUGUCAGUGAAACCUUUAAUUAUUCUAGAAUAGAUCGAGAAAAGUCGCAUGUAAAAAAACUAGUCUCAGAUCACUUCCCAAGCGUUGGCAGACGAUUUCAUCGCAUCGGAUUACCACCUAAGGUGGGCUCUUUUCAGCUAUUCGUUGAAGGAUAUAAGGAUGCUGAUUACUGGCUGCGGCGUUGGGAAUCUGAUCCUCUUCCUGAAACCAUAAAGAAAAAUUUUCAGUUUCAGUUUGAGAAGUUAGUUAUCCUUGAUUUUAUCAUUCGUAAUACCGAUCGAGGCAACGACAACUGGCUAAUUAAGUACGAGAAACCCGACGUGAAAGCUACUAAUGAAGAGCAGGACGACUGGUCGAUAGUUAAAAUGCCGGAAGUGAAGAUAGCUGCGAUUGAUAAUGGUUUGGCGUUUCCUUUCAAACACCCAGAUUCAUGGAGAGCCUACCCAUUCCACUGGGCUUGGCUGCCCUACGCCAAAAUCCCAUUUUCAACAGAAAUCAAAGAUUUAAUACUGCCUUUGAUUUCUGACAUGAAUGUUGUCCAAGACUUAUGUGAUGAACUUUACAUGAUCUUCAAGGAAGAUAAGGGGUUCGAUCGUCACAUGUAUGAACGCCAAAUGGGCGUCAUGCGAGGACAAUUGCUCAAUCUGAGCCAAGCUUUGAAAGACGGAAAGUCUCCUGUCCAGUUGGUACAGAUGCCUCCAGUCAUCGUGGAAAGAUCCAAGGGUCACGUCGGGACUACCGCUGCGUUCCGCAACUUCAGCGAUACUUUUACUCAACGUUUCCAGUAUAAGGGCCCAGUUUUUUCUUGGUGGUAGAAGUGAGGGGGAAGAAAAAAUCUUUCUACACGUAACUGAAUCCCUCUCGCUACUUCAACAAAUGAAAGGAUGUAUAAUAGCAUUUCAUCUGUUGAGAGAAGGGAUAUAAAAGCGUCUCCAGGAAGUCACGCGUCCACCAGUAUACAUACGAUUCGUUUACCUUGAUUAAAUUGUCGAUAAUAUUUCAAUCAUGCUUUACGCAUUUGUUGAUUGCCACGUACGCCGAACCUAAGUCAUGAGAAAAUGGUACAGUAUAUUUUUCCUCUUGGAUGAUCACACCGUCGGACGUUUUGAUUCGCGAACAUAAUCACUAUUUUUUUAUUCGCGGCUGUUCGGUGGAUUUCCAACAAAAGCAUGGGUAUGUCGGUAUGGUCGGUUAAUUUUUGCCAGCGGUAGCUCUUGUUCGGCUCUUCCUAAAUCAGAAUAGGUAGGCCACCUAUUCCGGUUUUGUUUUUUCUCCUCUAGCAUAUUAUAAUGACUUAUUGUACACAUACAACAUGCUUACAUCUUAAAAAUACAUACACCAUUCCUCAAUCAAAAAAAUAUGUAGAUGGAGAAGCAAACAUUCAGAUGAUGUGUACGGUUAGUGCCGUUUUUGUGACCACCAAACUAACAUAAUCAACUUUUUCGUUUUUAAGGCAGUGCAUUCAACCUUUGUCCUAAUCGAAUAUACCGUUUGUAAUUGGCAUGAUACAA